AUGGACGUGGCCGAGGACAGCGAUGGGCCUUCCUCUUCAAAGCGUCAGAGGCACAACACAUGUUCUCGGGAAGGCGUUCUCGAAGACACGGAUCAGGUUGGCGUCAGCGACAACAAGCUUAAUAACUUAGUUGAACGGGAACAGGAGCCUAUCGCGGAGACAUUGCCACGGGAUGUUUCUCCUUCAUUCACUUCGUCUGGGUUCAACCGGCAACCCAACAACGACUUCGAUGAAGAGUGGCAUGAGUUCCUGGAGGAGACCGUGGAGAGCGAUGAGCAAGAGACAGACGAGCCCAACGAAAACCACGAUGAUUUUGAUAAUUCCUCUGAGAUAGCAGCAACGCUCGCCGAACGCGACCGAUUUCAUAGCGUUGUGGGCAAGACCAAGCCAAUGUACCAUUGGAACAGCGAUAAGGAGUUGAUGCAUCGUGAGCACAACAUCAUCAAUCGGAUUGGAUGGCGUGGAGGCCACACCUCUGACCAGAGUUUUGGCGAAAGGUAUUACAGCUCCCGCCAGGUAACGGGACAGCUAACUCUACUCAAUACGCUGAUGCCUCGAUACGGUAACUCCCUAAACUUCAACCAGGAUGGGGAUUUAUUGUGCGUAGGUACUGAUCGUCACGUGAUCGUCUGGGAUUGGGCUAAUAAUAGGACACGGAUGAUUUUUCGUCUGGAAGUUAAAAAGAAAAUCAUGCAGAUCAAGUUCAUAGACAGCGCCGGCUGUUUGGACAUCGUUUCCGCCAGCGCCGAUGGGCAGGUGCUCCGCUCCGUCAUUCACCCCUCCGGCGGAUCCCCAAUGUCUUCAGUCUGCCUCUAUACACACAACGUUUGCGCGGCUGAUUUCGCAAUAGUCCCUAAUAGCCGUCACGAGAUAAUAAGCGCUGGUCAUGAUGGAGUCGUCAAGCUCUUCGAUCUGCGCACCAGCGAUGCGGGCACCACAACAGUACGCUGCGUCCGCCAGGACCAAACAACGGUGGCCCUGUACACCAUCGCUCAUCAUCCGUAUGCUCCGGAAUUCUGCGUUGGCGGAGACGAUGUUAAGCUGAGUGUUUAUGACAAGCGCAGGCUGAAAAUAGCUAUCCACGAAAUUACACCACGCAAUCUAAAAUCUAAACCGGACAUCUGCUCCGCCGUCUACAAUCACAACGGUACGGAGAUCCUGACCUGCCACAGAAGAGCUGGCAACUAUUUGUUCGACAGUCGGAGUUACACGGAAGGCGACUAUUUGCACUACUACGACAAGCACUUUUGCGAGAUAAAUUUCUUUGGACCCCGAUCGGAGUACAUUGUUAGCGCCGAUUUCAAAGGCAUAUAUUUUUGGGACAAGAACACGGAAGCCAUCAUCAGCGAAAAUAAGUGCAAAAAGGCCGAGUCUGUAGCCUGCCUAAAGCCGCACCCCUGGAAGCCGGUGCUAGCCACCGCUGGACUAAACGAGCCAGGAAUCCAUGUUUGGAUUCCAAAUGGCCCUAUUGAGUAGGCUGGC